UUGCCGGAAGAAGUGGCGAAGUUACUUUUGAGGGGACUGAAGUGGUGGCGGCGUGUCAGGGGCUACAGAGGAGGAGGAAGAGGAACAGAGUGAGGGGACGGAGCCAGCUCGAGCCUUCCUUGGAUGUUUCCAGGGCAACGGGACUAGGAGACCCCCGCGAGAGGCUGCCCACGAGACCCCCGCCCGCAGUCAUGAGCCCCGCCCUCUACUGGUGCUCGGAGAGGGGCGGGACCUGGAGCGAGGCUUUUCUGUGACCCCCACCAUGGCCUCCCCCACCAUGAGUUCUCUGGACACUCCCUUACCUGAAAAUGGCCCCCCUCAGCCUGGCGUCCCCUCUUCUUCACCCACUAUAAAGGAGGAGGGUCCUGAGCUGUGGCCUGGGGGCUCGGACCCUGAUGUCCCAGGCACUGAUGAGGCUGACUCAGCCUGCAUCGUGGUCAUCCUAGAGCCAGAUGAGGAACCAGAGCGCAAGCGAAAGAGGGGCCCAGCUCCGAAGAUGCUGGGUGAUGAGCUUUGCCGCGUUUGUGGGGACAAGGCCUCUGGGUUCCACUACAAUGUGCUCAGCUGCGAAGGUUGCAAGGGCUUCUUCCGGCGCAGUGUGGUCCGCGGUGCGGCUGGGCGCUAUGCCUGCCGAGGCGGUGGAACCUGCCAGAUGGACGCUUUCAUGCGGCGCAAGUGCCAGCAGUGCCGCCUGCGCAAGUGCAAGGAGGCAGGGAUGAGGGAGCAGUGCGUCCUGUCUGAAGAACAGAUCCGAAAGAAGAAAAUUUUGAAGCAGCAGCAGCAGUCCUUACAGUCACCUGUGGGGCCAGGGGGCAGCAGCAGCUCAGCCUCUGGACCUGGGACAUGCCCUGGAGGAUCUGACGCAAGUGGCCAGGGCUCUGGGGAAGGAGAAAGUGUCCAGCUAACAGCGGCUCAGGAGCUAAUGAUCCAGCAGUUGGUGGCAGCCCAGCUGCAGUGUAACAAACGCUCCUUCUCUGACCAGCCUAAAGUCACGCCCUGGCCCCUGGGUGCAGACCCCCAGUCCCGAGAUGCCCGCCAGCAGCGCUUUGCCCACUUCACGGAACUGGCCAUCAUCUCAGUCCAGGAGAUUGUGGACUUCGCUAAACAGGUGCCUGGCUUCCUGCAGCUGGGCCGUGAGGACCAGAUUGCGCUCCUGAAGGCGUCCACCAUUGAGAUCAUGCUGCUGGAGACAGCCAGGCGCUACAACCAUGAGACAGAGUGUAUCACUUUCCUGAAGGACUUUACCUACAGUAAGGAUGACUUCCACCGUGCAGGCCUGCAGGUGGAAUUCAUCAACCCCAUCUUCGAGUUCUCCAGAGCCAUGCGGCGGCUGGGCCUGGAUGAUGCCGAGUAUGCCCUCCUCAUCGCCAUCAACAUCUUCUCAGCAGACCGGCCCAAUGUGCAGGAGCCAAGCCGUGUGGAGGCCCUGCAGCAGCCCUACGUGGAGGCGCUGCUCUCCUACACACGUAUUAAGAGGCCACAGGACCAGCUGCGCUUCCCACGCAUGCUGAUGAAGCUCGUGAGCCUGCGCACAUUGAGUUCUGUCCACUCGGAGCAGGUCUUUGCCCUGCGGCUCCAGGACAAGAAGCUGCCACCUUUGUUGUCUGAGAUCUGGGACGUUCAUGAGUGAGGGGCGACCACUUUGCCCCACAGCCUUGUCUGACCACACUCUUAACAAAUGACGCUGUCAUCCCUUCUUCCUCCUGGGGUGGGAGGAGGUCCUAGGCUAGGCCUGCAGUCCCACCUUGCUGCUGGCCCUGCCAGCCCUCAGCGCUUGGAUAAGCCCUAGUCAGGGUCCAGGAGGCACCCUCCCUGCCCACAGAGUCUUCCAGAAGGUGUGGAAGGGUCAUAGGUCUUGACCUCUGGCCCUACCCAGCAGCCCUCCUUACCCAGCUUACAACUUAAGCCUGCCAUGCAAUGCACCUUGAACAGAGGGAGGAGAGGGCCUAUGGCUCUCACAGCCCAAGAGGCCAUUGGUCCUCCUCUUCCUCUGCUCCUUUUAUUUAAUAAAAACUAAAACUAAAGACAGAAACAGGAAAAUAAAAUAUGAAUACAAGCUAGCCUUGAGCCAGAGUGCCAGAAAUGAAGAGGAUGUGAUCUUCAUUGACCCUGGCCCCCUGAGCCUGAUUUAGUAGGUGGGACAGGGGCCUUCACAAGCUGGUGGGGGUCCUGGUGCAGGGUGAUGUGUGAUGGCUGCUGUGGGGGUCCAGGACAGGGACCUAACAGCCUCAGGGUCACCUGAGGAUAAAUGGGAUUUAGGUGAACUUUUGUCCAGUCAACAAGUGUCUUCUGAGGCUUGGGGCCAGGCUACACUGGAGACUCUGACAUCGUCUAGCAACGGGACGUGGGGCAUUACACUAUGUCAGACACACUGAUAGGCAAUGGAAGCAUCAGUGAACAAGAUAAAGACCUUCCAGACACUGGGAGGAUGGACGAGGACAGAACAGAAAGGAACAGGGGCUUUAAUGGUAGCAUGUGCACUGUGGGAACUAGAGGAAGUGAGGCAAGAUGUCACAAAGGAGGUCUCUGUUGGGACCUAGAACAUAAAAACCAAGGGGCUGGGCCUCCAAGUUGGGGAAGCUGAUGGGCAAAGUCUGAAAGAUGAGAGGUCCUGCUGAGUUCAAGGUAAGAGCAAACCAGGAAGCUCUUCCAGUGCCUCCUAACCCCAGGCCAGCCCCUUUAUGGGGUAUAGAAAUGAGUUGGACGCACAGCUCUGGUCAAGGGCUAGUGGAGUAUUUGUUGCACGGACGGAUGGGCUGGGCACUGAAAGGUACACUUAUUUAGGGUGGGGUAUGGGACAGUGGAAAUGAGGAAUAGUUAGAAACGAUCAUUCUAUUACAAGUAGUGUACUGACUGGGUUCUAGGUGUACCCUUUGAGCUCUGAGUCUAGUUUGCAGAUGGAGAAACUGAGGCCAAAGACAUGGGAACAGUCCAUAGCACGAUCAGGUGUUG